GCCAGGCAUAACCCUUUUGGCCUUUGUUUGCAUGGCCUCACAAAAAAAUGGGCAAAAAAAAAUACUAUCCACAAUCUAUUUCUGAUAAAAUUAGUGGAUAAGAAUCCCUCUACGCUCGCUUCUUUCACUACAGAACAAAGCCCUUCUUAUUUUUCUCCCCAAUCAAUUGUGUAUUACUCCAGUUGUGCUGCUCCUACUUGUACAGGUCGUCUCAUAUCAGCCAUGCAACUCCACCCCAUUCUUCAUUCUCCCACCUCCUAGCUUCUGCCCAAUCCAACAGUUCUGCUUUGAUUGGGACUAAGUUGUGAAUAAGAGGUCUUUAUCCUUCCUACUUUGCUAUAUUAAGUGGCUUCUUGAGGAAGGAAGAUGGCUAGAUGCCAAGAUGGAACAAUCACAAGCAGCAAACUGGUUGAAGUUUCUCCCAUUGUGUUGGGGUGACAGUCUGAUGAAAAAGCUUGUGACUCAUUAUGAACUCACAGGACCGAUUUCGCCCAAUCUCCUCGAAUUCACGAGUUCAAUCAUCCUGCCCAUUCUGUACAGGCAAGAAUGAUAGUUGCCAGAUAGUCCGGUCAAGAACAAAGUUAAUGAAUAUUAUGAUCAAAAGAAGGAAGCCCAAAGAAGCGGAAUCUAUAUUCGAUGGUCUAAUGGAAGAUGGCCACAAGCCAAACCUUCUAACCUACACCACUCUAGUUGCUGCAUUGACUCGUCAAAGGCGUUUCAAGUCCAUCCUGUCUUUGAUCUCCAAAGUUGAAGAAAAUGGGAUGAAACCUGAUUCCAUACUCUUCAAUUCGAUCAUCAAUGCAUUUUCUGAAUCUGGAAAUGUAAAGGAUGCAAUGGGAAUUUUCCAGAAGAUGAAGAGCAGUGGAUGUAAGCCUACCACCAGCACUGUCAAUACUCUCAUCAAAGCAUAUGGGAAUGCUGGGCAACCCGAACAAGCUUCGGAAUUGUUGGAGUCAUUGUUGAAGGAAGAAGACGUGAAGCCAAAUGAGAGGACAUACAAUAUCCUAGUAAGAGCUUGGUGUAACAAGAGAAACAUUGAUGAAGCUUGGAACGUGGUAGACAAGAUGGUGGCAUUCGGAUUGAAGCCAGACGCUGUCACAUUUAACAUACUAGCUAGGGCUUAUGCUGAGAUAAGCAUGACGAGCAGAGCGGAAGACUUAUUGUCUGAGAUGCAGAGAAAUGGAUUGGCGCCAAAUGAGCGUACUUGUGGCAUCAUUGUGAAUGGAUACUGCAACGAAGGAAAUAUGGUGGAAGCCUCAAGGUUUGUGUACAGAAUGGAGAAGCUUGGAGUGCAUCCCAAUCUCAUCGUUUUCAAUUGUCUCAUUAAAGGCUUUGUAGAUAACCUGGACAAGGAUGGAGUUGAGGAGGCACUUGAUGCUAUGGAGGACUACGGAAUCAAGCCUGACGUGGUGACAUUUAGCACGAUAAUGGAUGCAUGGGGAUCUGCAGGUAUCAUGGACCAGUGCCUAGAGAUCUUCAAUGAUAUGUUGAAAGCUGGUAUAGAACCAGACAUCCAUGCAUUCAGCAUCCUCGCGAAAGGUUACGUGCGAGCUGGGGAUCCAGAGAAGGCUCAGUCGGUUCUGGCAUCCAUGGGACACUACAGCGUGCGCCCGAACGUAGUAAUAUGCACAACCAUCAUUAGCGGCUGGUGCAGUGCUGGAGAAAUGGACGCUGCAAUGGAAGUCUACGAGAGGAUGUGCGAGAUAGGGAUUUCGCCGAAUUUGAAAACGUUCGAGACUCUGAUAUGGGGAUAUGGAGAAGCCAGACAGCCGUGGAAAGCACAGGAGUUGCUGCAAGUCAUGGAGGAGAAAGGCGUAUCUCCGGGGAAGAGCACUAUGCAACUCGUUUCAGAUGCCUGGCUAGCCGUUGGUUUAACAAGUGAAGGCAAGAGAAUAGUGGCUGAAGGAGAAGGAGAUGAAGCUGCAAAUUCUAAGGUUGCUGUAGAUACAAGAGAGGAGGAGAUGCCGAAAGACCCAGAUCUCUCGGCCUCUUAUUCCAAGGUGUUGGAGGUGCCUGGAGAUGUUCUGAAAGGUCCAAAUGGAUCAUCAUCUCCUGUUGUCAAGAUGAGAAGCCAGAUGAUUCUGAAGGACCCCAGGUCUUCAUCAGAGGCCUUAUCGCCUAGUUUGAAAUCGAUGUUCUUUUUUCGCGCAUCAGGUUUUGGAAGACAGCCGCGAGUUAUUUGUAGAAGGCAGGAGCAAAGCCUUUCUUGCAUUCGUGGGAAGUUCACGAGAUCGUGUGGCAUCUUGUCCAUUGCAUGAAGGCUGAACUCAUGUUAGCUGCUUGUGCUGGCAAGGUGUAGAAGAACAGUGCCGGUUGAAAUGAACUUUCAGAAGUGCUUCCUGAAGUUGUAGAUAUACAUUUGUUCUUGUACUGAACCACAGUGCUUAGCUUCCUAUGCCAUUGACUACAAAUGUAGUGUUUUUUAUAGGUAACAAUGCAUUCGAAUAUUUCCUCCAAUGGCCUUGAGGCUAUAUCUGGAUGGGUAGACAUGUUCAUAAAAACUAUAAUGUACUUUUCAUGUACUGAUAUAAAUUCGUGUACUGAUAUGACCAAAAGUCACGUUCAUGUAUCGGAAUGACCAAAUCAUGAAAAUUCAAAGGUAAAAUUGAUCGAUCAAAGAGUUCUUCCACCGCUUCGCUCCUUUCUCCUUCACCUCCUUCGAGAGGCAAAAGCCAUCCAUAAAUUUGAUUGGCGGCCGAUACUAUAACCUGUUCUCCGGUGCUACAGCAAAC